CGAGAUUUUCAGUUUUCUUAGCCUUCGAUCUACUUGGGGUCCUGGUGCUGGGAAGCCGUUGAAUGGCUAUCAACCUUCCAUGCGGUCAGAAUGGCGUGGAAAGCUCCAACUCCGGCUUGGUUGGAGAUGUAUACCAGCUGCUCUCUCCCUAUAGGUUCUACUAGGUUUGGGCUGCCUUCGCUCGGGAAGAAAAUUAAGGGGCAGGGAACGGUGAUGGGGAGCUUUACGGCCACGGAGCCUGCGGUGAUGAAGUGGGAGGGUGUGGACGAUAAGCUAGCCAAGAUGGUUUCCAAGGCCAAUCUUGAUUUCGCUCCUGAGCGCCGCCGGGUUCGCGAGGCCUUUAAGGAUGUCCAGCUCCAGAUCGAUCAUCCACUUUUCAAGAUGCAUUAUUCUGGAGUUCAAACAAAGGAGUCAAUUGAGAUAAAUUCAAAAGGUUUUGAGAUCUUCUCCAAAAGUUGGUUUCCCAGAAACUCUCCUGUAAAGGCUUUGGUAUGCUUUUGUCAUGGCUAUGGUGACACUUGUACAUUUUUCUUUGAAGGAAUUGCUAAGAAGCUUGCGACUUCUGGCUAUGGUGUUUUCGCAUUAGAUUACCCUGGUUAUGGGCUUUCUGAUGGACUUCAUGGUUACAUACCUAGCUUUGACAGUCUUGUGGAUGAUGUGGCUGAGCAUUUUUCGAAAGUCAGAGAAAAUCCCAAAUACCAAAGUCUGCCGUGUUUUCUGUUUGGACAAUCUAUGGGUGGAGCAGUUGCUCUCAAGGUGCAUUUUAAACAACCUCAUGCGUGGGAUGGUGCUGUUCUAGUUGCACCCAUGUGUAAGAUGGGUGAAGAUGUUCUGCCUCCAUGGCCUUUACUACAGCUUCUUACGGGUAUUUCAAAAAUUUUUCCAAAAAUGAAGUUAGUUCCACCCAAGGAUAUAGCUGAAAUGGGUUUUAAAGAGCUCAAGAAACGAGAGCAGGCUUCUUAUAAUGUUAUUGCAUACAAGGAUAAGCCACGGCUGAAGACGGCUUGUGAGUUGCUCAAAACCACACAAGAAAUUGAAUGUCAAUUAGCACAGGUAUCUCUGCCUUUGCUGAUUCUACAUGGUGAGGCAGAUGUAUUGACUGACUGCUCCGUGAGCGAGGCUCUAUAUGAGAAGGCAAGCAGCUCUGACAAAGAAAUUUUAAUCUACAAAGAUGCAUGCCAUUCUCUUCUUGAAGGCGAACCUGACGAAACAAUAAAUCUUGUACUCGAUAAUAUCCUCUCUUGGCUUGAGAAACGCUGUGCAAAGACAGAAUAGCUUCGCCUGCACAAUCUGCCUCCUCCUCUUCUUUUCCAAGAUCCACAAUCUCGGGCUUUUACAUGUGAAUAUGUCUGGAAUGGUGCGGUCAGCAUGUCAUUCCUUCCCACGAUCUUGUUCAUGCUUUGAGUUGGUGUUAUAAUUGUUGUCAUUAAUUUGUUUAGUGUUUCUUCUGUUUCUUCCUGUAUAGGGACGGAUGCACGUUUUGUACUGAAUGCUUAACUUUCAUUAUUAUUAUUAUUAUUUAAUUAUGAGUGGGUAAGUUAUGCUACG